CCCAGAGAAAAGGUAGAAGAGGAGAGAGUCCAGUUGGGUCCUAACAGUGCUGAGGAUGUUCAGAGGGUUGUUAAUCUAGAGCGAAAUUCCGUUAGAGAAGAUGAUAAAUCUUCUCUGGAGACCAAGCGGAUGUCAGUGGGUGUUAUAGGUGGCCCUUGUGAAAAUGGCGUUACUGGCAAUCAUAGGUCAAUGGGGGAAGUGUCAAAGGGAGUUGAAGUUUUUUUUAGCUCAGGAUUCCCUGAAGAGCAGAAUCAGUAUCUCAUUCCUGGUUUCUUCACAGAUGCAUUAACCGUUGGUGAAAAUGUUCUGGGAAUACCAGCAGCUUGUGUACUGACAGAUGGGGGCAUAGGGUUUGGUGGUUUGCUCCAUAUUGCAAUUGCUGAUAAAUGGAUUGAAAUUCUCAAGGAAAGAGAUAAGGACGGGAAAAUGGAAGACGGUGUUAACACACUUACUACAAGAAGGUGGAUGAAGAAGUGUGCUACUUAUGUUGAUAGUAAUGACCACGCUCUAGGCGGUGAAGGUGUGGUAUUGUUCUGGGGUGCCUUAGCAAAGAAAUUGGUGGAGGAUGAUCCACAAACUAAUGCAAUGGAAGGAUCAGACCCUAGGCAUGGGCAUCCGUGUGUGAACACUAGUACAAUGAUAUGCAGGGGAGAAACCAUCCGUUCGCAGGUACCACCAAAAGAACGGGAGAUAUCCUGGGAAAGAAGCCACAUACGCCCAGGAAGGGAGAUUUACCUGUUCAUAUCAAAUUGUGCUUAUCACUCCUUCACGAACUCUGUAGGUGCACUUGCUGGGGAUUGCAGAGGGUGCUGGGAUGAAAGCUGUACUAAUAUAAAGGUUUCUACCAACGAGGUUAUACCACUAUCAAUUGUUCAGAAACGGUACGGGAUUCACAUGGUUUCUAGUCAAAAAGUAGAUGCUGAACUUGUAGUAAAAGACGGUUCUCUUGUGAAUUGUGAAAUAAAAAGUGGAUCACAGCACGUAGGUGUGGAAUCUCCGGAAAUGCGAUAUGUUGUCAUUUUGGAUCUGCCAAGGGAACCUGCAUGCAUACUACCAGCUGAAGAUAGAGUCCUUAGACAAGGGAAAGAGAAUGCCUUCAAAAUAUCCAUCUUUUGUGCAAAGGAUACCUCAGACGAAGUUAGUUGGCAAAACCUAAAUAAAAGUCUGCAUCGAGUUUCAUCGGGAGUGAAUGGAAAGUAUGAGGCAGUUCAGGAAAUAGAGGUUGAUAUUGUUUAUCACCUUGAAAGAACUGUUGGAAGUGAAGAGAAGCUUUAUAGGAGGAAAAAUGGUGAUAGUCUUUCGCAUGCAACAGAAAAUAAAGAAUUAAAUAAGAGGAUGACUAAGGGUAAUCAAGAACAGAAUGAGAGUUAUGCAUAUCCAUCAUUUUCUCCUGCAAACAACCUUGAGCAAGCUACUACCGACACCAAUCAUUGUGACUGUCUGAUGGCUGAAGCUCUCAAUCCAAAUGGGAAGGUUUUCCCACUUCAUGUAAUCAAGCUGAAGUAUUGGGAAGGAAGAGGCGCGAGAAUGAAGCUGAACAGCAUCGCUAUAUUCUUACUCCCACCUUGAGGACAAGGUGGUUGUCAAAGGGGGGAGUGAUGAUAGGGACCCAGGCAUUACAAAGAAUAAGAGAUUAUUAAGUAUUUUAAUGCUGUUCAAUAAUAGGGUUUUAGGCCCUCUAAUUUAAUAGAAGUGGGCUGGCCCAUUAGAAAUAGAAUAAAUAAGGGAGAGGGGGUGAGGAGUUAGGCAGGCAGAAUUUGGAUCGGGAUUUAGGACUGGGAGUGUUGAGACGACUCGAACAGUCUCUAGUUUAUCUUUCUCUUUUCCGUUUAUCAAUU